AUGGCGUACGCACAGUGGGUUUACAUUCUCAUCCAAGCCAAGUUGGCUUCUGGUGAAAUCUCUGUCAAGAACGUCAAUCUCAACUGGGGAAAGUUCUUCAAGUACAACAACAAGGAUGACGAGAUCUCGACCGACGAGAUCAAGAAGAUUGUCAUUGCUACUAACAAAUCGGCCGGCAUCGCAUCGUGUGGAAGGUCUGACGCCUCUUCUGGAACGGAGGGUAGCUUGGAUCUUUAUGAUGGCGAUGUGAAGAUCUGCCAUAUCUAUUGGAGCUGCCCCUGGGGUAGCAAGACCAACACUUUCACCGUGAACGAUGUUGAUGACAACUAUAUCGUUCAGCAGACUGGGGCCAACCUGGACAGCGGCGCUCUUGGAAAUGUCACGGUCAAGGUCGCUAAGUUUUAA